AUGGAGGAAUUGGAUUUUGAUAGUUCAGAUACGGAUGGCGAAUUUGCUUUUGAAACUGAUCACUUGGCCCUACGAGGUAAUAGUGAUUAUUCAGAACUAUUAAAAUACAUUGUCCAUUUAGAAGCACAAAAAAUUAAUGCACUGAAAGAUAUAGAAAAUUUGGCAGAUGCUGAAAGAAAAGCAUUAGAAGAUCCAUUGGCAUUUGUUGAAGACUUAAAAUCGGGCAAAAUAAACUUCCCCCCGCGACAAACUAUAGGUGAUUUGCCUGCUAUUGACUGGAAUAAAUAUGGAAUAGAUACAUCUUUGAAAAAUGAGGACAUAAACCAAAUUACAGAAUUAGAAUCAAGCAUAAAAGUCAGAGGGAGAAAAUUUACUGAUAGUAAACCUGAAACGUUUAACCAAUUAUGGUCUUGUGAAGAACAAAAGAGAUUAGAAGAAUUGUUAGAAAUCUAUCCAGAGGAACCAGUAGAAGCAAGGCGAUACAAAAAGAUUGCAGAUGCCCUAGGUACACGCACUCCUAUUCAAGUUAUGAGUAGAUUGCAGAAGUACUUUGCAAAAUUGGCUAAAGCAGGAUUACCUAUACCAGGUCGAGCACCAAAAAAAGUAGCUAAAGAUAGAAGUCGGUCUUUAUUUUAUAAGAAAUCAACAUUUUUCCCACAACUUCAUGUGCCUGUUAAAAUGGAAGAUCCAUAUGAUAGUGGAACUCAAGUAAAUAUGCCAGAUUUGAAAAUAUGUAGUAAAAGUUCACUAGAAUUAUUAAAAGCAGCAAAGGAACAAAGAAUGUUAGAUGAAAACUCCCCAGUUUAUCAAACAAAAACUAUGUGUGUUGGGUGUCAAAAGAUUGGUUUUCUUGGAGCAAGAUGGACAGAUAAUGCUGGGACAGACUACUGUACAGAUUGCGUAGUAAAACUUUUACCAAAUGAAAAGCUUACACCUGUUAGAAUGUCUGAU